CUAGUCUCUGUCUUCCUCCUCCCAGCUCUGUCUUGGCCUGCUCAGAAGCUUCCGCCCCGUUAGCCUGAACGCCCGGCCCCCUCCUCAGGCCCGCUUUGCGGGGCAGACCCGCGAGCCUGGAGCGCGGCGGCUCCUUUUCCCCCCGGGAUCCGUGGCGGACACAGUGUGACCUUGGGCAAAUCUUGCUUGCCGGGCCUCAGUUUCCCCAUUUGCAGGAGGGAGUUGGGGGUGGGAAGUGAAUUUAAUGAGCUGAAUGUCCCCGUCCCAGCUCUCACAUCCUGAGGCUUUGUGACUUGCUGGGCAGGGUGGGGACAUGAAAGGGUCCUUAACACAGUCCCCACAUUAUCACUGUACCCAGCAGGUCUUAGCCAUGAACUCCCCUGGAGGAAGGAGGCAGGAAGCCGCAGGACCCAGGGGUAGAAGGGCUCACAGACCCCGGGAACAGGACCGAGAUGUGCAACUGUCCAAGGCUUUGUCCUACGCUCUGCGUCACGGGGCCCUGAAGCUGGGGCUUCCCAUGAGGGCUGAUGGCUUCGUGCCCCUGGAUGCCCUCCUCCAGCUGCCCCAGUUCUGCGGCUUCUCAGCUGAGGAUGUUCGGCGCGUGGUGGACACGAACCAGAAGCAGCGGUUCGCCCUGCAGCCAGGGGACCCCAGCACUGGCCCUCUCAUCCGGGCCAAUCAGGGUCACUCCCUGCAGGUACCUGAGUUGGAGCUGAUGCCCCUGGAGACCCCCCAGGCCCUGCCCCUGACGCUCGUCCAUGGCACAUUCUGGCGGCACUGGCCUUCCAUCCUGCUCAAGGGCCUGUCCUGCCGGGGAAGGACACAUAUCCACCUGGCCCCAGGACUGCCUGGGGACCCCGGUGUCAUCAGUGGCAUUCGGCCAAAUUGCGAAGUGGCCGUGUUCAUCGAUGGGCCCCUGGCCCUGGCAGACGGGGUCCCCUUCUUCCGCUCUGCCAACGGAGUGAUCCUGACUCCGGGGAACGCUGAUGGCUUCCUGCUUCCCAAGUACUUCAAGGAGGCCCUGCAGCUACGCCCUACCCGAAAGUCCCUGUCCUUGGCUGGUGAUGAAGAGACCGAGCGUCAGCAUGGCCCCAAGCACAGCGCCAGAGGAAAAAGGAUGACCCAACAAUAAAAUAUUUAUUUAAAAAAAAAAAAAAAAAAAGGAAUGUAGAAAGAUGACAAAACAGAAAUUCCAGUUGGAAACCAUGAAUUAUCCUGUAGCUACAGCCGGGCUUCUUGAUGUGCUCAGGACUACAGCUAGGUCGGGGGUGUUGGUCUCGGCCACUCGGACAAGGAGAGGGUGGGCAUCAUACGAG